CAUAGAGUAACGCUAAAGGUAAAGCUGUUAAUGUCAUUUUCUUUUUAGUGUUAACAGCUUCAGCACCACAUUCAAACGGAAAGGCACAUUAUUAGAGUUAUGUACUGUAUCUAGGUUUAGCACGAAAGCUAACAAGCAUUUGAGAAGUAACCUUAGCAAGUUACACUGCCAUUUAAUCGUGAAUAUUAAAAUGCUUUCUUUUACGUAGACUACGCAGUUACAUUGCAGAUCAUGUUUUUAAGGGAAAUUACCUUAAUAUUUCAUGUAAGGUUUGCUAACCGAAGCUUGGCGUUAGGUAAAUAAUGUGGGUGUUGAAUAUUGUUUUGCUUUUAAGUGCAUAGUUUUAGCGCAGAAUGAGGAAUGUGAUGCUAUGGCUUGUUGUUUUAAUCUGUUUAUAUCUAUUCAGAUAUCCAGAAUAGCUAGUGCACAAGUUUUUAUACAGACUGACUGAGCCAUUAUGGUGGGAAGCUCUUGUUAUGUAAACCGUCGCAGUAACACUCAUGGCAGCCAUGAUUAAAAAUGACUGUCGUCUUACCCUCAUCCAGUAUGGAGGCACAAAUUGGCAUAAGGUGAUAUGCUUAUAUAAUGCUUAUAUAAUGCUUCAAUAUAAUUCAUACGUAAAAUAUUUAAGUAUUCAUUAAAAAAAAAAACAAUGAAUCACACAGCAAUCAUUACUACAGUCACUGUGGAGAACAUUUGAGGCUGUGUUUUCAUAUUUUAGCUUCUUGUACACAUUCAUUUGUGAAGUGUACACGGACUUCGAGUGUCUUGACCCUUUUAAACGGCUUAAAAGUAUAGGCACCCAAGCCACAUAGCAGAUAUGAAAAGGUGUCUGGAAAUUUAACACGAAGUAGCAUAUCCAGAGCAUUAUACUGGGAAUUUUUCCUCUGGGAUCCUCUUAUUUCCCACAUGAGGGCGUUCAGACGAGCUGUGAAGUCGGAAAUAAAAUGAAUUCUCACUGUAAACUGGAAUUAAAGAGAUGUUUGAUUGGGGCUUAAUUUAUUUUUAAGCUACAUGUGAUAAAUUCACAGUUAAUAGCACUAGAAGGUAUUAUUUUAAAAUGUAUAAAUUUACUCUUGUUUAAGCAAGACAAGUUUAAAUAACACAACAUAAAGCAGUAAUCUCUUUAAGCUCCUGAGCUGUGUGAACAGGUCUGUUUCACAUAAACAAAGAACUAAUCCUUGCAAAAUGGUGGAACGAUCCCAUAAUGCCUCGAGUUGCGUGAAAGUGAAAAUUGGAUUGCAUCGGACUCACUUUAUUUGUGUGCCAAAGUGUCUGCCAAAUGAAUAAAUAUAAAUGUGAUGUGGAAACCUUCUGCUACAAAUCCAAGUUAAUUCCAGUUUACUAUACAAGUUGCAGACUGAUUAGAUAAUGUGGAUGUGUCAAUCCGAUUGGCUGAUUGACACAACACAGAACUUGUUUAUGAACACAGGACACAUUGACCAGCCGACAUGCCCUUAGCAGUACAGUUGGACCCUCUGAUUGCAUAACUGUACUAGUGCUUCAUAAAGCACAUCAUUGCACUUUACUCAGGGGCCAUUUACACAACAUUUUCACCUAAAAGCGGAAAACUUUUUAUGCAUUUUGGCUGUUUAUUUACACGACAAAACGUUUUGGGGCCUGAAAACGCAAACUUUUGAAAACGGGUUUCAAAGUGCAAGUUUUUGAAAACGAUGCCGUUAUCGUCUCCGUGUAAACGUACAAAAAAUGAGAAUUUGUGAAAAUGAUGAUGUCAUGCGCACACGUAUUAUGUGUUCAGUCUGUAGGUGCGAGACGUUCAAAACUACAGGACUGUAUUUGUGCUGCUCAACAUUGAGUUUAUUGACGCUUCUCCAGCAAAGUGUAGAUUUAUUGCAUCACUACUACAACCAGCGGAGAUGCAUUUGUUACAUACACCGACAAAUUGUAUUCAAAAUCUUAUAAUUUGGAGUAUAUCUGUAUCCUUUUAUUGUUAAUAAAAUUAACAAUAAGUAACAUUGUGUUACUUCUGUUCCGAAAACACGCAUUGGAGAGUAAGUACUAAAGUUGUUUCCCAAAUGAUGUAUUAUGCACUUGCACUAUGCACUGUGUACUCUACCGUCUAGUGUAUGAAUUUUAAAAGGGUAAUGUCAUUUCAAAUGAAACACUAGUGUUUUUUUUACUAACCGGACGUAUAAGCCGUUUCCCAGUCGAUAGUGCAUGACGUCAAACGCAUGUAAUGCGACGCCACUAGCUUUAGCAGAAACCCAGAGUCAACAACAAUGAAUUUCUUCAGUUACUGUCUGUCAACGUUACCUUUUAUGCUCAGCAUGACUUCAGUCACCAUCAGACAGAGGUGUAAGGCAGGGUGGCAUUUUAUAUUAAACACCAUGAAGUAGACUGUAACCUGUAAGUUAGUGUUACUCUGAGUUAAGUUUUUUUGUUUUGUUUUUUCCAUUUAGGAUUCAACUUAUUUGGAAUAAAUAAUUUUGUGCUUAGAUGGUAUUUUCCAUUUUUUUCCAGAAUUAUAACCCUGAAGAUUUUAUGUGGCAAAGAAUGAUUUGCUAAAAUGAGUGUGGAUGCUUCCAAUGGCCUUUACACAAGUACAGCCUGUGCGUUUAGCUCGGUUUCUGAGAAGAAGAAACUGUAUCUUUCAUACAAAUAAUGUUGUUAAGGAUCAAGUCUAUGACUGCACUUCCUCGGCUCUGCAGCUCUACAGUCAACUACCCUCACCCUCAAAAAAGAAACUUCAAAUUUUAGUAAAUAAAAUACACCCAGAGUACAAGUCACUAAACUUUGUGGGAUGCCAAUCUUUCUUUAAGUCACUUACUUCCAUUAACGCCAACACCGUUUGUGUGUAUUCGACAAAUCAGCAAAUAUCCAUGAAGGACCAGAGCAGCCAGUCCACCAUCUGUAAACCUAAAGCACCAUCGUCCACCAUGGAGGUGACAACCUUCAUGAGCAUGUGGUCACUCAGCCUUGGAGCUAUGGGUGCUGUCAUUGCUGGCAUAAUUCUGGCUAACACAGAUUUUUUCCUGACCAAGUCUGAUUUUGCUACUCUACAGUAUCUGGAAGAUGCUGACCUCAAAACCACUGACGGAGAUGAGAAGGUAUUUAAAGCUAGAACUCUUUGGGAGACUUCUGGAGCAGUGAUCAUGGCUGUACGGCGGCCUGGAUGAUUUUUGUGUAGAGAGGAAGCCGCUGAGCUAUCCUCUCUGAAGCCCCAACUGGACAAGCUUGGGGUUCCUUUGUACGCUGUGGUCAAAGAGAACCUUGAUACAGAGGUUCACGAUUUCAAACCACACUUUGCUGGAGAUGUCUUCCUGGAUGAGAAGCAAGUGUUCUAUGGUCCCACCCUGAGGAAAAUGGGAGGUCUUGGCUUCAUUCGUCUGGAAGUUUGGCAAAACUUCGUAAGGGCCUGGAGGUCAGGUUACCAGGGAAACGUGAAAGGAGAGGGCUUCAUCCUGGGUGGAGUGUUUGUCAUUGGAUCUGGCAAGCAGGGAGUUCUUCUGGAACAUCGGGAGAAGGAGUUUGGAGACAAAGUCAAUAAUGAGUCUGUUUUGGAGGCUGCUAAGAAAAUAGUAGUUCAGAAAUAGGUUAGUUUGUGUAUGCUUAGUGAUCUAGGGAUUAUUUGAAGAUUACAAGUAGGUUGCUAAAACAGAACAAAAUACAAACGAGUCUUGGUACUAUUAAAACAUCUUUUUAGAGCUAAUGGACAACGUUCAUCCGUCUAACCUCAUUGCUUCAACUAAUGCUGUGAAUGCUCAGGAAAGCACAUUUUCUGAUGAAUUGACACAAGAGAGUCAUCUUACAGAAAAAACAAGUACAAAGUGUGUCAUUAAUGGGAUUUUAGCAUUGCAUCGUUUGCCCCAUUCAGGUACAUAGGUGUUGAUAUUUGUGCACUGUUGUUUUUCACAAUUUCAUUAUUGUAUUGAGCUCUUCUUCACUCAGUCAGGUUCUGUGAGAUGUCUGCUGCAUGACUGUGGCUUGGUUUGUGUUUUAAUGAUGGUCUGACUCCAAACUCCUUAGUGAAUGAGCAGACUUGAAGCUUAACAUACUUUCCUGUUCAACAGUUUUUGGUUAGUGGAAAGUCAAAGAUCCUGAAACGAAGGGAGCAUGCCAUUUACAAUAAAAACAGCAGUCAUGAAAA